CUCUCACCCCCUCACCCGAAAUUCAACUCUGUUAGCUUCUUUGUCUCCCAAAAAACCCGUGGGAAUCUCUUAGGAAUUAUCAUUUUCUUCUCUGGUUAUCGAUUUCGGGGUUUCUUCAUUUCCAUAUCCACAUAGCAAUCAUGUCGCUCGCAGCUGGAAUUACCAUUACCGAUGACUGCAUCGCCAAGUUCAACGACUUCCGCAUGACCGGCGGCAGCAAGGGCGACAAGCCUAAGUUCAUCAUCUUCAAGAUCGCCGAUAACAAGAAGGAGGUUGUGGUUGAUGAAGUUUCCUCCGAACAAGACUAUGAAGUCUUCCGCAACAAGCUUGCAGCUGCCAAGGACAGCAAUGGCAAUCCUGCCCCCCGUUACGCAGUCUACGAUGUCGAGUACGAGCUCGGUAGCGAAGGCAAGAGGAGCAAGAUAAUCUUCAUUUCCUGGGUUCCUAGUGAAACCCCGACUCUCUGGUCUAUGAUCUACGCCAGCACUAGGGAAGCUCUGAAGAACGCCCUCAACAUCCACACCUCCAUCCACGCCGACGACAAAGGCGACAUUGAGUGGAAGACUGUUCUGGCUGAAGCCAGCGGCGGAAAGGCUGGUAAAUAAAUGACGGCGUCGGCUGGGCCCGGGCCAGGUGAGCUUGUGUGUGUGCUGGUUAUUACACUGCACCGCUCCGUUUCCAGUCCGCGGAGUGUCUCGGAACCAAACAAUUCAAUGACAUUCUCCUGCACAAAUUCUAGUCCAAUAUGAGAUCGUUACGACUUGUGUGUUUCUAUAGUGAUCGUAUCCUCGUUUUUUGCGAUCGUGGCACUCUCCGUGGCCGAGCGUUGGGAAGGGUUUUCUUUGUUGUCAGCGUUUAUACCUGUACAGAAUAUU